AUGAGCAGCAGCAUCCAGCUUUUUCUUUUCUUCAGCUUCUUCACCACAAGUUUGGUUGUGAGGUCCUGUGCUUUUCCCACUGGUGCUGCUUCCUGCGUGGGAGAUGGUCCGGCUGUUGCUGGUUCUCACUUGAUGAGUUCUGCAGUGAGGGGAGAUUUGGCAGACUAUGGUUUUCUCUUUUCAGUGGAUGGUAAUGUACUAGAUCCUAAUACUCCCUUGGAUCUCUCGACUGGGGUGGCUCACUCUUGGACCUUAUCUGUGGACUAUGACUUCCCUAUGGCCCAGAAGUUUCGAGGAUUCUUGGUACGUCUCAGUGGUGGCAAUACUGCCACACAUGGUGUGGACCAACCUUUGUUGGUAUCAGAAGAUGUCGAGGUACAAGAUGCAGAAGCAUGUUUGGCCUUGGAGGGCGUAAGUGGUGUCACACAUGUCUCCAAUGACCAAAAGGACUGUGUGGGGGGCUCUCUCGUCUUUGAGAUACCCAGUGACAACCUGAUUGUGGAUGUUACUGUGGUGAUUGAAAACCAACACAAAAAAUCCACUUUUCUGUUUAACAGUUUCACCAUUCAUGCUGUGGCUAGUACCAGUUUGGAUCCAUCUGCGGUUGCUUCCGGAUCAAUUUUUGCAAAUGGCUGCAGUGCCAUUGCAGCAGCACAAGAUGAACGACGAUUGCAAUUCCUUGCCAACGAAACCGAGCCGCCCGAACUUCUGCCAACAGUUGUAGAUAUUGUCUCCGUCCACGUUUUCUUGGACACCUUGGCAACUGCGCUACAAUUUACUGGACUACUCGAGGAUGGUGGGCCACUCACUCUCUUUGCGCCAACCAAUCAGGCUUUUGAGGACCCAGCGAUUAAGUAUUUGCUGGAUCCAAAAUGGAUAUUUCAUCUGGAGUCACUGUUGGAGCAUCAUAUCGUGGAAAGAGUUUUGUUUUCCUGGGAUUUGAUCUUGGGAAAUGAAACCUAUACUGCAUAUGGCGAACGUAUCAAUGUGACCAGUCUCAGUCCACCCACCCUCAACGACGAUGCAACGAUUGUUGUGGCGGACAUUGACGCCAGCGAUGGCGUUGUCCACAUCAUUGAUGAAGUGCUCCUGCCUGAAUUCAUGUUGUUUUCAUUGGAGGACGUCUUGAUGCAAAUUCCCCCGAUCUCAAGAUUUUUGUCUCUUUUGGAGCAGACAAAUCUGACGCAGACUCGAGUGACUCUGGCCGCUGGAGGAACUAUAUUCGCUCCCACGAACAAUGCCAUUGACGGUGUUGUGGAAGCCGGGUUCAUUCCAGAAAAUGCAGAUUUCUUAGAGAACCUUUUGUUGUACCACAUGGCUCCUCGGGUUGCUAUCGUGAGUGAAGCCCGAGUCGGCGACAACGUCACCACGCUCGAAGGCUCCAACAUUACCGUCACGGAUACCGGAGCGGAACUCGUCAUCAACGGGGACACAACUGUGUUAGACGCCGACAUCCUCGCUGCCAACGGCGUGAUUCAUAUCAUAGACUCGUUGCUAUUACCGGAUACUAUUCUCUUAACAGCCAGUCCUACCGCAAGACCGUCACCGAGACCGUCACCGGUGCCCUCACCGAGACCAACCACACGGCCCUCACCGAGACCAUCCCUGCGGCCAACAUCACUUCCAACGCCUCUGCCUACGAGCGCACCCACAACCGACGCCCCAACGCUUGAGCCGACAGAGCAACCCACUACCGCGCCAACCCUUGAGCCGACAGACCAAACCACUACCGCGCAAGCUGAUGGUGACUUUGGACCAACAAAGGCACCAGCCCAGGCACCUACACUGGCAAUUCCAGUAGCAAAUCCGCAAGUGACAGCUCGUCCUAAACCCCAAGAGGAGGUGCUGGGACCGACUGAGCCUGUGACAUUUGAACCAUCUGCCACCAUGGCGACAGACCAGCUCCAAGCCUCCAUGUCUGGUCUGAGCAUGACUCUUUUUGGGGUGGCCUCACUUGGGGUUGAGGAUAUCCAAAACUGGGAAGCAGCAGCUGCGUUGCACUCUCAAGAAAGUGUCUAUAUCAAGUGGCAAUCUAUCACUGCAUACUCAGCUGCUUUCCAAGUCUCCAAUGUGCAAGACAUAGUAGGAAGGCGGCGACUGCAGGACACGGUGACACUGCAGUACAUUCAGAGCAUAUCAUAUUCUGCCGCUCCUGGGGUGAUCCUUGAAGAGUUGUUUACGUUUCCAUUUGAUGAUCCCAGUUCGAAGACAGAGUUCGUGGAAACUCUGAAGACAUACAAAGGGGAACUGAGCAAUGUUCUGUUUGUGUCAGAUGUGGAAUUACCUUCUGAGACAACUACACAGCCUUCUUCUUCGGCCCUACAGACAGCAGACCCUGCAAUGGCACCCACAACACCGAUUGAGUCCCCAAACAACAUGACAUUGAUUAUCAUCAUUGUGGUAGUUGUUGUGGUAGUAUUUCUGGUGGCUGUUGGGGCAUUUGUAUUUCUGAGGAGUAAAUCGAGCUCUCGCGAUGGCAAAUUGCCCAAAAACGAACCAGAAGGAGAACCAAAUGCUCCCGAAGACAUGACCAAGAGUAUAUCAAUGCAGCAUGGAGCCCCUCUUGGGAGUGACGAAUCAGAACGAGUGUCACAACAACCUGCCAGAAUCCCGGAUUCCGUGUUGGAGGUUCCUGAUGCUCCUACUGGUGGUGCUGUUUGGGACCGAACUUUGAUUGAACUAAAGAGGGAGGGUGUAAAUGAUGUUGUGGGGGAUGAUGCACCCAUGACGGUCACAGCUGUGCUUCAUCAGCCUGAACCAGUACCGAUAGCAAUUCACCAAUCCGAGGCUCUUGAUCAAAAGAGAAGGAUCAGUGAUCGCUCUGACCGUCGACGUGGUAACAAACAAGGGGACAUGGUCCCUGUGGCCAAAGCUGUGCCUUUCGAUGAAACCCUGUCUGAAUCCCCACCAGAACCACCAGUAGACCAAAGAUAUCUCCGGGAGAAAGAUGAUCUCUUUGAAGCAUAACGAAGGAAUCUGGUAGGGGGUCAAGUUGAAGAGUUGAUUCCACAAUCGCUGGAUUGCUGGCCAUUACUGCCGCAACUGGUACAUGUAUUUUCAUAUGCAUGCUCUCCACGUCGUAACUCCUAGACAAACUAUUCAAUCGCAGCUUGUGUGGCGUACAGUAUCAUUGUCUUCCACUUUCCUCUCCAAGCGUCCAAAUUGGUAGUAGCC